UAAUGGAUAAUUUAGCAUAACUUGAAGCAUUAGAAAGUGCUGCACCAGAAUAGACUGCUAAAGAUAAGACUAUGACUCCUGUAUUUGGAAACGAAUUAGUUCGCUCUAAUUCAAGUCCUAAAGUAUAACCUUUAAGUGGAAAACCAUUCAAAAUUGGAGUAAUCUACAUAAUAAUCAUUAAGAUUUGUGGUGGUCACUCUUCCGGAAAAGCCUUAUUAACAGAAAAAUUAAUGGAUGAACUAUAAUAAUUAGGGUUUUUAGUUAAUGUAGUUAAAUAAGAUAAUUUUGAUGUUGAUAGUAAUGAUUUUGACAAUUAGUAAUUAAUGAUUAAUCAUUUAAGUAAGUAGAAUUCUGAUAUUCUCAAUAAUGUUCCUUAUGUUAAUAAUUAGGAUUAUUAAAAAUUUCUGGUAUUAAUUUAUGCUAAGUUUUAGUCAACAGCCAUCAAUACUCUUUUAACUACUAGAGACAAGAAUGUAAUCAUUAUUGAAGGAACUUUAAUUUUGUAUGACAGACAACUAAGAGAUUUGCUUGAUUUAAAGAUAUUCUUGCAUCAUGAUUAAGAUGUGAGAUUAUCAAGAAAAAGUAUUAUAAACUAUUAUCAUUUUAGUCUAUAAGGAAGUGUGUGCAAAAGGUAAAGAUGUGGAAAAAGUCAUUCACAAUUAUUUAAAUAGAUUAAAGCCACUUUAUGAAUCAAUAAUUAAGCCUACAGAAUAGUAUGCUGAUAUUAUUAUACCAAAAUUUGGAGGAGAAUUCUCCUUAAAACCAUAAGAAUAUUAGGGUGCAACAUAAAUAUAAGCGGGUUUUGGCUAAGUUAAUCCAAAUUUCUUAAAUUUGCUAAUAAAGAUUGUAAAGGCAAAUAUUUUAGGAGGUGAUAAAGUUGAUAAACUUGAAAAACUUGAUAAGACUUAAACAAGUACAAAAUGA